AUGCAGGAUGGAUGUGUGACGCUCCGUGGUUUGGCGAUACCACUGACAGGCUGUCUCUCAGACCCGCGGGGACAUACCCGAGCUGGGAUCAGUGAGACGGUGCAGGGCUGGGCAAAUUUGGGACCGCAUCCCACCGCAUCUGACCAUGUUGAUGUGUAUCAUGUUCUUUUGAUGGCGCGGUGGGAUCCGCGGUUCAUUGCCGGGCUUGGUGAUGGGAUGGGCGCCACGGCUGUCGGAGGAGUUCUGAGAUGGGGGGAGGAUUUAUGCGCGAUUCUGAUGCGCGACGUCGUGAAGCAGUACAUAUUCUUAUUAUUCGUCCUCCGUGUUUCGCCUACUUACAUAUCGCAUCUACUAGUUUAUUAUUGA